CAUACGGUGUGAUGUGCUGGUGAGGAGAAGUGUGGAGGAAUGGGAAUUUUUGGCGUGAGUGUGUGCGUAUGUUUGCACGCGCUGCUUGAUGCUGGGUGCGCGGCGCUCAGCGAUCAGUCGCAAUUCAAUACUCAAUAAAAACACACGUGAACUGUACGAUCAAUUCUUUCCUUUUACGGCAAAUGAAUCAAAAAUAAUAUCACAACGUAGGGGCAAGUUUGCUAAAGAUCGCGGGAAAGAACAUUUUGGUGCGUAGUGACCAGGAUUUUGAUAAAUCCUUCGGUUUUUGUGAAAACCGGCGUACAGAAGCGUUUGUUCAUAAAGCAGUGCUGCGGCACUCGAUCUGUGUUAGUGUUUGUGUGUGUGAGCCUUUUGCAAAAUGUCGAAGCAGGACAAGUUGCGGUACAAGGAGCUCAAGCGGCACCAAUACAUGGACUCCAUCAAUCGUGUGAAAGAGUUCGUAAAAACGUUCACAAGUGAACAACAAAAUCAAGUGUCGACGCGACUCGAUCGUUUGGAAAAGAUUUGGGAAUCUUUUGAAACAGUGCAAGAAGACAUCGAAGAUUUGGAAAUCUCCGAGGAAGGCGUUGCAACUAAUGCGCGUAUUAGAGCAGAAAUGGAGGAAACGUAUUUGUACGCAAAGGCGCAAUUGCGUAGUAUGUUGCCCAUUCCGGCAGUCGCUGAAAUUGUGUCUGUUGCUGCAAAUGCUGCUUCAUCUUCUUCUUCAAGAGUGAAGCUCCCAUUGAUCGCACUGCCAGAGUUUGCAGGAAAUUUCGAUGCGUGGUUAACGUUCCACGACACAUACGUCUCACUCAUACACUCAUCGACGGACAUAACGGCAAUCGAAAAAUUCCACUACCUUCGAGCUUCACUCAAAGAAGAAGCUGCGAAUUUAAUACAAUCCAUUUCGGUUACAAGUGAGAAUUAUGAUUUGGCAUGGAGUACGAUCGUCAAACGUUAUUCCAACCCAAUCAUUUUGCGUAAGAAGCAUAUUCGAUCGCUCAUAUCGCUUCCUAAGAUGAAAGAAACGGGAGCAGUGGCGCUCAACCGUUUGGUUGCCGAUUUUCGACGGCAUGUCAAAAUCCUAGAACAAUUGAAAGAACCCGUGAAAUCGUUCAGUUCAAUUCUCAUCGAGUUGAUGGCAGAUAAGCUGGAUGAUGAAACACUCCGUGUGUGGGAAGAAGCCCAUGCCGAUGAAGAUCCUACAUUUACGGACAUGAUGGCGUUUUUGGAAAAACGUGUAAGAGUGUUGGAAACACUGGCAAUAGAGAAGUGUAGUGCAGUUCCCAAAAAACCAAUAAAGACAAAAGUAUCGUUGCAUGCAGCUACAACUCAUACCAACAACGUACCAGUGUGUGUGAUGUGCAAAAAGAACGGGCACAGUAUAGCGUCGUGCAAUGUGUUCAAAGGCACUAAUACACAAGAACGCAUGAGAGUGGUGAGUGAGAAAAGGCUGUGCAGAAAUUGCUUGAAAGCAGGACAUUUGGCCCAUGCGUGUGCGUCCAAAUACAAUUGCCAGCAGUGCUCUCAGCGUCACCACACACUACUUCAUGCUCACGAAGAAAACAGCAGUGUAUUAGUGGGUGAAACUUCUAGCUCUUCAACAAUGGCGUUGGCAUCGUCGAAGAAAUCCGCCGUUAACGCUAUACUCUCUACAGUGGUAUUGGUUGUUGUCGAUGCAUACGGAAAAGAACACUUAGCGCGAGCAUUGCUGGACAACGGAUCGCAGCCGAACGCGAUCAGUGAACAUCUUUGUCAGCUUUUACGACUACCACGAAAGCCCGCUAGCGUUUCAAUUGCUGGUGUGGACAGCACUACCACCAAUGCAAAGCACAUAGUAUGUACAGAAGUGCGAUCUCGGAUCUACCACUACCGACAAGCAAUGAAUUUCCUUGUGUUGAAGAAAGUAACGCAGAACAUUCCGUCAACGUCGUUUUCUACUGCUGCCGUCGGCGUUCCUUCGAACUACGUUCUGGCCGAUCCAGAUUUCGGGACCGCGCGGCGCGUGGAUAUGAUCAUCGGUGCAGCAUAUUUCUAUUCGUUGCUGCGUGGUGGACAAGUGCAUUUGCCAAACCAGCGAAACGUUCUCAUCGACACGGUGUUUGGCUGGCUCGUAGCAGGAGAUACACCGACCUUUCAUGAAUCGCAAUCGCAAACAACAAUUAGUUGUCACAUGAUGGAGGCAACCGACAAACUACAAGAACAGCUGGAGCGAUUUUGGAAGGUCGAAGAGCUUGCUAUAACAUCAUUGUCUCCUGUUGAACAACAUUGCGAGCAGUACUUCAAGCAGACGACGAAUCGAGAUGACACCGGCAGAUACGUCGUUCGCAUGCCGAAACACCACGACUACGCUCAGAUGCUUGGCGAUUCGAAGGCUGCAGCCCAGAAGCGCUUUCGGUUGUUGGAACAGAGGCUGGCUAAAGACAAGCAUCUGAAGCAGCAGUACGAUGACUUCAUGCGAGAAUACGUGACGCUGGGUCACAUGUUUCCUGUGCCGGUUGAAGAGGACAGCAUGGCUGCGGUUCACUACUUGCCGCAUCAUCCGGUGGUGAAAGAGUCCAGCACGACGACCAAGGACCAGUCGUGCAAGAUGAGCUGCUGUCUCUCGUCGUGCGAUUCCGCAAGUAUAAGGUGGCGGUGAUCGCCGACAUCGAGAAAAUGUAUCGCCAGGUGAGUAUGCAUCCCGAUGACCGACGUUUACAACGUAUUUUUUGGCGCUUUCAGAAAACAGAAGUUGUGCAAACUUUUGAGUUGGCAACGGUGACGUAUGGUCUGGCUCCAUCGUCAUUCCUAGCAACACGUACGCUACUUCAACUAGCUGAGGAUGAAGGCGCUCCUUAUCCUUUGGCAACUGAAGCCGUAAAGAAGAACUUGUACGUGGACGAUCUGAUCUCCGGCGCAGAAAGCAUUGAGCAAGCAAUUCAACUUCGUGACGAACUGACCAGUCUCAUGAGUAAGGGAGGUUUCAGGUUCCGAAAAUGGUGCUCAAACGAGUUGAGUGUGCUUGAUGGGUUGACACCUGAUCUGCUUGGAACAACAGCAUCCCAUGAAUUCGAAGCAGCCGCAAAUGUCAAGACGCUUGGCAUAUGUUGGGAACCACCAAACGAUGUAUUCCGUUUCACGAUUGCUAUCCCUGAUGUACGACCCUGCACGAAACGUACAGUGCUAUCUACGAUUGCCCAGCUGUACGAUCCGCUUGGCUUGCUAUCGCCUAUCAUCGUGCAAGCAAAAAUCCUCUUACAGGAACUUUGGGCAAACAAACUCGGUUGGGAUGACGAAUUGCCGCGGCAAUUGUGUGACAAAUGGGAAGAGUUUUGCGAACAGCUCCCCAUGCUAGCUCAUUUCAAGAUCCCGAGAUUUGCUUUGACACCCAACUAUAACUAUGUAGAGCUGCAUUGUUUUGCAGACGCAUCAGAAGCAGCUUAUGGUGCGUGUGCCUACCUGAGAUCGCAAAGCAUCGACGGCACAACCCAAGUAACGCUGCUAGCUUCUAAAUCGAGAGUGGCUCCUCUCAAACCGCUUACCAUCCCUAGACUGGAACUAUGCGCAGCCUUGCUAGCUGCCAGAUUACAGCAGAAACUAAUAUCAGCCAUUGACAUGGCAGUAAACGAAACACAUAUGUGGUCCGAUUCAACCAUCACGCUGCAAUGGCUUGCAGCACCACCUAGAAUGUGGAAAACUUUCAUCGCAAACCGAGUAGGAGAGAUACAAGCUGCUACCAAUGGAUGCAUUUGGCAUCAUGUGCCAGGGAUCGAGAACCCUGCCGACAUGCUAUCCAGAGGUGUUUCUGCGGAAUUGCUUUUGGAAAGCAACAUGUGGAUGCAUGGACCAGAUUGGCUGAUGAACGAUAGCUCGUGCUGGCCCAGCAAAUCGUAUGGACAACAGCACUUCACUGAUGAUGAGCUGGAAAGAAAGGGUAACGUUGUGUUAACUGCCCAAGUAGUCGAGCCCGACCCACUGCUCCUACGAUACUCCUCAUUCAGAACGUUGGUUCAUGUAACUGCAUAUUGCAUGCGAUUUUGCCACAUUGCGCGUGGUAAAGAACAACGCGAAACGAUCAAUCUCUCUGUGGAUGAGAUUCAAAAUGCUAAAAUCGUUUUAGUAAAGAUGGUACAGCGACAAGUAUUUCCCGAUGAACUACGACAACUGCGUAAGAAACAAAAGCUUGCUGGUGGAUCCCCACUCAAGCUACUCCAUCCAUUCAUUGACAAGGAUGGUGUCAUACGUGUUGGUGGCAGACUUGGACAUGCCGAUGUGCCAUUCUGUGUGAAGCAUCCGAUCGUCAUUCCUGGGUAUCAUCCAUUUACCCAAUUGCUGUUGAGGCAGCAACAUGAGAAAGUGAUGCAUGGUGGCAUCACAUCAACACUUUCAGCCAUUCGCGAGGAGUUUUGGCCAUUGAAUGGCAGGAGAGCGGUUCGAUCUACCAUCCGAGCAUGUUAUCGCUGCAACCGGGCCAAUCCUGUUCCAAUUCAGCAACCGAUGGGACAGCUACCGCUUUCUCGAGUCACUGCAAACGAAGCAUUUGUCUGUACAGGUGUGGAUUACUGUGGGCCGAUGAUGCUGAAGCCUGUUCAUCGCAAAGCAGCUCCUCAAAAGGCGUACCUAUGCAUUUUUGUAUGCAUGAGCACCAAAGCAGUGCAUUUAGAGCUUGUGAGUGACCUAAGUACAUCAGGGUUCCUGAAGGCUUUAGACCGUUUCAUCUUCCGACGAAACAAGCCGAACCAUAUCUAUUCGGAUAAUGGUACAAAUUUCGUCGGCGCAAAGAACGCACUUCACCAAGUCUACCAGAUGCUGCAUGACGAAGCUCAAAACCGUCAAAUCAAUAACUACCUAGCAGAAGAAGGAAUUGAAUGGCACCUUAUUCCACCUCGUGCACCAAACUUCGGUGGGCUUUGGGAAGCCGCCGUGAAGGUGGCCAAGAAGCUUUUGGUCAGGCAGUUAGGUGUCUCGCUACUAUCUUAUGAGGAUCUGGCAACAGUGCUGAUCAAAAUCGAAGGCUGCAUGAAUUCUCGUCCAUUGACGCCGCUUUCGAAUGACCCUAACGAUUUGUCAGCUUUAACACCGAGUCAUUUUCUCAUCAAGGGAAUGAUGCGUCCACCUCCAGAAACUGACAUACGGGAUGUCCCGACCAAUCGACUCGACCAGUAUCAGCGGUUGCAGAAGUACGCUCAACAUUUCUGGCAGCGCUGGCGUACAGAGUAUCUUCAUGAGCUUGCUCAGCAACAGCGACGUAAUCCACCAGAACAACAAGUCUCUAUCGGAGACAUCGUCAUUAUCAAGGAUGAACAUCUCCCAUCCGCUCGUUGGCCCUUGGCUCGGAUCGUGGAAGUACACCCUGGGCAGGAUGGGAUUGUGCGUGUUGUUACCUUAAAAACUGCCUCUGGGGUAAUGAAGAGACCGUCGUCUAAUAUAUGUUUGUUAGAGUGUUCACGAGAAUUUUGAAAACUUAGUUGUUCAAGGGGGCCGGUAUGUUUGGUACCGCAUACGGUGUGAUGUGCUGGUGAGGAGAAGUGUGGAGGAAUGGGAAUUUUUGGCGUGAGUGUGUGCGUAUGUUUGCACGCGCUGCUUGAUGCUGGGUGCGCGGCGCUCAGCGAUCAGUCGCAAUUCAAUACUCAAUAAAAACACACGUGAACUGUACGAUCAAUUCUUUCCUUUUACGGCAAAUGAAUCAAAAAUAAUAUCACAACGUAGGGGCAAGUUUGCUAAAGAUCGCGGGA